AACGGCGUGAGAAUCUCGAUGUUAACUCGCCCGUGACAAGUCUUCAUUUAAGCAACUUAAUUUGUGUCGCGACGUCCAGUGGUAGGCUCGCUCCCAGCCUCUAGUAUAAUCUCAGAAGACAAUCGUUCCUUCUUAUCGCUCAGUUGCAACUACUUCCCAUGGGAUUUAUGACUAGUUUAUUGGCUGACUUGCGGUUGAGUUCAAUCGUCAAUCUGUCUAUCUCAUACUGAGUUUGAUACUUCGAUACUUGCUAUCAUAGUAUCGUUUCAAAAUGCGUCCAAGUGGAUUUCUUAAAUACCGCUCAGGCAGCGGAGUCAAUGCCCACGUACUUUCCCCAGAGACCCAUGCCAUGUCACCCAUGUCUUUUGUAUUAUUCGCAUUGAUACUGUUCUCAGGGAUCGUCACAGCGAGCCCUAGUCAAGUCUCACUCACCGACGAUGCAAUCAGACCACCGAAACGUGCAAUCACACCUGAAUUAUCCGCGUAUGCUCAGAAGGUGAUGGAUGAGUAUCAGACACCUGGACUCUCGAUUGGUGUCGUGCACUUUGACAAAGGUACCGGCAAGGUAGAAACCGAGUAUGGUUUCUGGGGAAACAAAACCGAAGAUGGAGCCAAGGCUACUAACGAGACGCUAUUUGUGAUCGGAUCCAUCUCUAAGGCAUUUACUGCCAGCGCUGUAGGCAUCCUCAUGGAUGACUUCGCGCAGGGUCGGAAUGUUACGCCGCUCCCUCUGAACGUCCUUCGAUUCACCUGGGACACCAAAAUCCGUGAUUUGCUGCCUGAGUACUGGAAUUUUACUGAUCGCUGGAUCACCGAGAAGGCUAAUGUCAAGGACAUCCUGUCUCAUGUAUCCGGCUUCCCGAGGCAUGACUUUUCGUAUGGACUGUCGGAUACCCCCGCUGAUUUAGCUAGUCGUCUCAAAUUUCUUCCCCCUGCCUUCGAAUUACGAGAACGGUGGAUGUAUAAUAAUCAGAUGUUUGUGCUGGGCGGUCUCAUUGUGGAGACGUACUCUAAGCAGUCGCUCACGUCUUUUGUCACCUCUCGGAUCUUCAAACCAUUGGGUAUGAAUGAUACGUCGUACGAUGCUGCCGUUGAAGAGGAAUCAGGAUGCCUAAGCCAAUCGUUUGCACGUGGCAAUGGAACCGCUAGGCGCAUCCCUCUCUGGAUGGGUCCAAGCUCGGAGGCGUUGUUAGCGGCAGCAGGCGGUAUCGUCUCAAACACGAUUGAUAUGAACAAAUGGCUAGCUAUGUUACUCAACAACGGUGUGGAUCCCACCUCCAAUGUCACCAUUCUGCCUACGAGCGUAUAUGAUACAGUCACAACGGCGCAUGCCUUAGUUCUGGGAAGAGCUCUAAUGCCUUCGUUAUCCAUGCUCGGGUAUGGUCUGGGAUGGAUGAGGUAUUCUGCUCAAGGUCAUGAGGUGAUCGUACAUGGCGGAGGUCUCCCCGGAUUUUUGAGCGAAAUUGGUUACUUCCCUGACGAUGGUUUAGGAGUCGUUUCCUUCAUCAACCAAAAUGCACUAGAAGUGAACACCCUGGUUCUGAAUAGGAUAGUUACAGAUGUAUUGGGGCUGAGAGAGGGUGCCAACAUCGUGGCGCCUACCCCUCCAACUUUUAGGUCUUCCGCAACAACGGAGCAAGGUAAUUCACCGAAUUUCGGUCAGACGCCGCGACCCGUCGGAGACCAUUGUGGGGAGCAAACCCCACCCCUGCCGUUGGAGGCAUAUGCGGGAACUUACAGCCAUCCUGGUUAUGGAUCAUUCACCCUGUGCGCUCCAUCCACCAAAACCAGUACUUGUAAGGAACUCUUCUCCAACUACACGACUGUCUUCCCAUCGCAGCCUGCGGAAUAUCUUCACGCAGCAUGGCCUCGUGUAUGGUUCUCGCAUUUGCGGGUGAAGUUCCAUUAUUCGUCCCAAAACCGCCAUGCUGUAUAUCUUGACCCCCUCACGCUGUUCCCGAAUGGUUACGGUAAAGAUACUUCGCCGUUCGCCUUCCCUUCAGUUCUAGACAUACAAUAUCCGGCGGCCUUUGUUGAGGACGGAGAUGGGAGAAUAAAGGGGCUCGCGCUACCAAAUGGUUUUAACGAUAUUGAACCCAUUUCGCCUAUUCUUGACGAUCGUUUGGAGGAGUCGUCAUUCCUCUAUUUCGAAAAGUUGUUUGAGUAGUGUAUCUUCCUGCAAAGAAAAUCUCUGGUUCUGUCGGCUUCCUCAUUAUUUUAGUCAUGAAUUCUUACAACUUAUAUGCCAAUUUACUAUCUUGCGUCGACUGUUCUCAUAGAUUUGCUAGCUAUUCAGAGGAAGCGUCCGUGGUUGAACGUUAAGCGUUGCUACAUGAUGCUCAAUAUUACCAUAUAAGUCAAGCGCUUCUACUCUUCCGGCAUCGCGGCACUGCCAGUAACUACAGUCUCGUAGUAAAACAUGUUGCAUGAU